UUUUUUUGAAGUGUUAAUUCAAUUUCAUUUCAAUUUUGGUUUAUUCACCCUCUGCCACUGCCAAAACUGUCAUUAUCCUCAUUAUUCUGUACGAAUGUAAUCAUAAAGUAAUUGCAUUUCGUCUGAUUGAUGAAUCGUUUUCAACUCGACGGUUCUCAAAUCUCAAUGCACCACUGUACCUAUACUGUUGAGUGCUGAAACACGGUCAAAAUGACCCAGGAUCAAGCAGAUGGGCCGGAUCACUUUAAUGUUCUACAACAAUGUAUGCAAUCCAUCGAUCAUAAGAAAUCUAUAAAUUUGAUUGCAGAGUACAUCCAGAGAAAUAUCAUUCGCUGCGAAACUCCACACGAGGGAUGCAUUCAUAUUAAACAAAUCGUUCAAAUUCUGUUGAGUCCUAGCGUAGAAAAAAACUUGAAAAAAGGAAUUGUGAAGUGCAUUAUGAAAAUUCCGAAAAAAUGGCACUCCGAAGUGUUCGCUGAAAUUUCACACUACCUCGACGGAUCAUCGGUUACAGAUCCUUCAGCUACUCAGAUCACCAUUCGUAAUUACUUUGAAAACGUUGUCGUCUUGCUGGGUGAUGAAGUCGUUUAUCAAAAUAUACUGGUGGCCAAUUUUUCGCAAAUUGCAUCCGCUUACGAGUGUGUUCUCAACAGAUUGUCUACAAGUUUGAAACAAGAACUCACCAAAGUGAAGGAAAUUGAAAUUGCCGAGCUUUUCCAUUUUCUAAUUCAAACGUUGAUCGUGUUUGUGGAUGAAAGUUGUAAAUGUAAAUCGUCUGUUGACGUUCCACCCUCAUUAUACCAAUCUAUACUUGAUCUAAUGUCAAACAAUAAGAUCGGUGUUAAUACCAUUAAUAACUGUGGAUUACUCCUCGUUACUAUGAAUUAUCAUUUUUUUACCGUUUCUUCGUCACUGACGUUAUUGAAAAAAUUCGUCGAAAACUCACCCAUUCAAUGUUUAGCUAUUUGCCAUGGAUUUCUCGCCAGUGCAUCAUUCAACCUUUAUAUUUCUUCCAGUUCGGAUAAUCUACUUGUACAGAUAUGUGGAGUCUUAUGGCGUAUUCACUCUACAUACGCGAAUGAUACCCUCGUUGUGAUAGGAAUUCUGAAAAUCGUCCUGUUGUUGGUCAAGAAAGUUAAUUUCGAAAAUCAUCGUGUGCCGGAAAAUUGUGUCGAACAUUUGAUUAAUUUAGUUCUUCCAUAUUUGGAUCAUUUUUUAAAUCCGGCUAAAAAUUUAGCGAAAGAAGCUUUGAACCAAUUGACAUUGCAAAAGAACGAAUUUGUGAUCUCUAAAUUGCUCGAUAUCAUCGAGAAAACUCGUCGCAUAGAUCGAAAAACUUGUUUAAUCCUAACGGCUUUGUGUAAUGUGAUCAAAUUCUCACGUAUUCUAGCUUCGUAUGAAACGAUAAUUGAAGAUUUGCGGAGUUCCAUAAAGAAUACUGUUUCGACGAGCUACAUGUGUCAAGUAUAUUUAUCGCUGAUGAUUUCCGAUUACUCUAACGAGAAAGUCGACCAUUGGUUUGAUACGUGGAUGAAACCGAUUCUCAAGGAAUGCUCCAAUUAUAAUUUAUUGCUCGAAUAUAUUUUUGUUCCUGUUGUCAAGUUAUCCGAUGCGGUAUUUGAGAAAAUUAUGAGGUAUGAUCGUCUAGUUGAUGAGAGUAAUUAUUCGGUCAUCGUCAAAUUUCUAUUAGAAACGAAAGCGUGCCAUCCUUCAAGUAUCGACGAUUUACCAAAUGUUUCUCAGUUAAAUUUGAAUUCAAAUCGUUGGAAAAAUUUACUUCCUUUUGAAAUGAUGAUACGAGCCAGUUGUGUGCCCAAUAGCAUGGAUGCUUUAAACACAGCGAGGUUGAUCGUCGAACAUAUCAAAGGAAAAUAUUGUACGCCGGAAGAAAUUGAAGUAUUAAAAUUUUUUAUAGAUUCGCAAUUUUCGACUGAUAAAUCCGAUUUCCGUUGUAAAUUUUUGAACUUACAAAUGCAAUUAUUCGUCAAAAUAUCGCAUCAUCUUCAUCCGAAUGAUUCAAAUUCAGAUACAAAACAUAUUUUUGAUUUCGUCGACUGGAUAAUUCGUUACUCGUUGAGUAAUUUAUUCGCAGGAGCUUCUUAUGGAAGACGAUUUACUGCGUUGCGAAUGUGCAAAAUGUUAAUCGAUUUAAAUCUAUGGCUUCCGACGUUCAUAAAUCGUGACACUGUGAAGACAUUUCUGUAUAGUUUAAGUGAUGGCUACGAAGAAAAUGAGCUGAUUGCGAAAGAUAUUCUGUUGCGGAUUUUAUCUCAAAAUCCACAUCUAAUGAGUGACGCUGAUAAACUCAGUUUGUAUGGCGAUACAAUUGAAAUGAUUAAUGGAAUGAGGUUCUCAGAACAUAACACUGCUGCCUACCUAUUGGAAAUAUUAUGCUGUACAAGUCGUUCGAUGGUAUAUUUUUCAAAUAUUGCUCCUGAACAUGAAACGGGAAACUUGGUUCAGCGAUUCGAAAAUCUAGAAGUACACGAACGAGAUUGUUAUUUUAUUCAUUUACAAAUAUUAGUUUCAAAAUUAAAGACUCAGUUGAGCCUGUGCAGGAAAGAAAAUAUUAUUAAAUAUCCUCUUCAUGGUUUCCUACACGUGAUUAGAUACCUGUUGAAUCAUGUUCCGCUAGAAGAUCAAUCUAUUGUGGAUAUCACAAGUUGGAAGGUUUUAAUAAAUGAUAUCAUACACGUAUCCAUAUCGUGUAACGAAUUUGCCGUCUUUAUCGUGAGUCAUUCUUCGCCGGAAGGAUAUUUACCUGAUGAAGCAUACGAUGAAGACGAACAUAAUGUUUUCAACGCAGCGCAGCAAACCUUACUUUGUAAUUGGAGAGCGGUGAAAGGAGCUUCGUUGGUAUUGGGUGACUUAGUAGAGAAAUUUUCUGUCGGAUAUACGGAUGAUAAUGAAGCCUAUUUGUAUAAAGAUACGUUUUUGAUUAUCGGCGAUCAUUUAAAAACGUUAAUUUAUCAAAUCAAACACAAAGGUUCCUUCAAACAAGUUUAUAUCGCAUUAUUUCAAUACUGUAAACGUUGCUGGAGGUCAUCUGAUUACGAAAUAAACGCUAUACCUAAACAAUGGUUGAAGGAAAUAGAAAAUAUGAUCGUUACCAGCGCUAAACAGCUUUGUCUUACUAGACGUAGCGCUGGUAUUCCAUGCAUCGUUCUGGCUAUUAUAUGCACAGAAUUUGAUGAUAAACGAAAAUUCACAUCGAAUCUUUUGAACGAGUUCAUGAAAAACAUGUUGAAAAUACUAAAUGACCAGGAAGCAGAAGUCGAAACUAAGAUUCACGCUUUGAACAUUGUUCGAGACUUAUUCGUGCACAAAGAUUUGGCCGAGCAAAUCCACGGUUUCGUUGAAAAAGGAGUAAUUAUUGCGAUUGCUGGUUUCAAAUCAUCUAACUGGAACGAGAGAAAUACCUCUAAUUUACUUCUAAGUGCAAUUUUGACGCGAAUAUUUGGAGUUUCUCGUUCUCGAACUACGGUUUCGUGGAAAAAUAAGAUGACCGGGAAAUUCUUCUUCCAGAAAUAUCCUCUUUUGUUUGAUGUUUUUCUGUUCCAUCUUCAACAGAAUGAAUAUGAAGAUGUGAACGUGCAAUCAGCAUUGUAUCCGAUACUUCUUAUUUUAGCUAGGCUUUAUCCUUCGUAUCAUGACGAAUGGAAUUCCACUUUUCAGCUGAGCACGUUCAUUCCGUAUAUUUAUAGCUGUUGUGAAAAUCCCAUCUUUAAAAUAAGACAAUUGGCGGCUCAAGCGAUCGUACCUUUAAUUACUCGUGAUAUUUACGUUGAACAUCUGCGUAAAAUUUGGACUCAUGUAUUGUUACCAAUACCUGAAAACGCCAAACAUGGGUUAUUAUUACAGUUUGACGGAUUAUUGCAAAAUGUACCAGAACUGAAUGAAAAACAGAACGAAGAUUUCCAAUUAUUAUCCGUUCAUAUUUUAUUAGAAGCCGAUCCGCUUCUUCGGAGUAAUCACAGUUUGGUGGUCAAAGAAAAAUUGUUAAACAUUUUAUCUUCGCUGUUGAAAAGAUAUCAUCAUGCUACGGAUUUUUCAAAAAUGGAGAAUUACUUCUCGCAUGAAAGCACCUCGAAUUCUCACGAAUGUAAUUUGAAUGAACGAAAUUUCAUUACGGCAUCGAUUACUUUUAAUAUCGGUCUAAAAUAUCUAUCCAGUUUUCGGAAUAAUAAUUCGUCCGAAUUUCUAAAUUUUCUCGAAACUAUGAUACAGCGAGAACCUGUCGAACAAAAUUCAAAUAUCGUUGUAGAUUUUCUCAUAGAAUUAAUUUCAGAAGAUGAAUCGGACAGCGAUAAUUCCAUAUUACGAAAUUUAAUCUCGAAUCAUGACAAGCAUGCUCUGAAAAAAAUUGUGUUAAACUCAAAAACGAUAUAUUUACAUGUUUUAAAAAAAUUGUCAGAUGAUAAAUCUCACAGAUUAUUCGAUAUGCUGUGUAUUCUACCGGAAUUCUUGAAGCAGUUUCAAGAAAAACGUACGAUAAAAACACUUUCACUUUUCUGCAGAAAAUAUUCCAACAACGGAAAAUUAAUCGUUCCACUUUUGAGCUGUAUUGAUAUUUUAUUGGAGAAUCAAGAAUACUGGGACGAUGAAUAUUUCUUUAUUAUAAAAUCACUUCUUUCGUCUUAUCAUAAAUUAUGCGUAGACGGGCAACGAAAAUUAAGAAGACUUCUCUUCAAACUGUGUACUUCUGACUACCUAAAUAACGACAUAUAUUUGAAAUUAGACGUUUGGAUUUUUAUCGUCGGAAAAAUAUCGUGUAUCGACGAACAAGAUUUCGUAUUCCUCAAACACAUAUGCUGCGAACCUUUUCGUUACGAGGAUUAUUUUCUUGCGCAGAAAUUCAUCGGAUCAUUUUGCGAUAGUUUUCAAUCAUUGCCUUCAUUUUGCGCCGUUGGCUUAAUUUCGUGGAUUAUACAAAAUUUAGGUGUGAUUUUCAACAACGUUAUUAAGAAUGACGUGUUCUUCGAAGAUUUACCAUAUUAUUUCGAAGAUCAUUUAUUGAUAUGCCAAUUCUCGUCGAAAUAUUUGAAUACGUUAUUGGAACGGUGUCCUUUUAUCAUGGAUGAGCAUUUAUCAGAAGCAACGUUGAGUUGGAUCAUGGAGCAAGGAGGCUUGAAGAAAGCUACGUGUGCUAUCGAUACUAUGCGUGAUUUGAUCUCGUAUAUUGUGCGAUUAUUUGAAAAUGAAAUUUCGCCCGAAUUCGCCAAAACUUCGGAUACUGCAUUUUUACCUAGUGAGACGGUGGAGAGACGAAUUGUUGAAGUUAAAUUAUCUUUGUUAUCUUCCUUGUUAAACUAAACUGUGAUCGUUGAAAUUAAAUAUAAGCCGUUUUUAAUACUA